CAAAUGGAGGGGAUGGACUAGGCAAGAAAUACCAUAGGGGGCAAAACGAACCAUCUGAGGCUUUGACGGUCACUCAGAAAAGAGGGUGGUUAACAAGCAAACCCUAACCUUGUUGACGGCGGCGAUGGAGGCGGAGCUUGGUGGUGGGGACUGCAUCGGCCACAAGAGGGCAGAUCCGGCGCGAUUCUCCGGCGGCGGUGAUGCCAAGAGGACGCGCGAGGGCAACAACGACCUCGACCGCUCCUCUGUGGAGAUGGAUGACGACGACGUCGACGAGGACUGCUCAUCGCCGGAGAAUACCCUCGACCACCAUCGCAAGUGUUGGAUGGACUCGUAUGGCAGCUUCUACUCCUUCGAGGACGAGACUGAAUUUCGUCCCAUGGCCCACACCGACGGACCGAUGCUGCCCCUUCAUGUUGAUCCCAUGCACACUAUGCAGAUCUUCUCCGUGAAGGUGACUCAGAUCAGCAGCGCCCUCCAGUGGCCUCUCGAUGUCUAUGGACUUGUUGCCGUGCGUGACUCCAUGGAUCAUAAGCGCAACAUCCUCUUCCGCCGUUGCAGGGAUGAAUGCCAGACCCUCACAUCGCUGCAGGAUUCACUAUUGGAACUUACAGGCCCAAGCCGCGCUGUUCUGCUGUUGGACUGCCCUGCUUUUGAGAUUGACCUCAAAGUGAAGAGCAAAGAAUCAUCAUCGCAAGACAAGACUUUAAGUUACUACGCCUUUAUAUACAACAACUAUGCUUACCAUGGCAACGCCAGCUACGCCAUGACAGAGGUGCUGCCUAGCGAGCACAGCACGAUGGAGGUCAGGUUUGCUCAUCUUCCAAAUGCUGUUGAGGCGACCAUCACUGUCCGUGUUGUCAAGGGAUCGAAUGGUUUCCAGGCGUGCUUUACCGCUCGCACUAAGAGCAUUGAGGAUGAUAUGGUGCUUCUGGACUCCAAGUCUGCAAAUGUGGCUGGUGACAACAGUGGACUUUUUGUAUUGCAGCGCAAUGUUGUUGUCGUGGAGGAGAAGGGCGAACUGAUUCUUGGUGUCAAGGCUGCACAAGCUGAUGGUGCUGUGGGGACUGAAGGUGUUGUUGCCAAGCAGAGAGCGUUCUGUGCAAGGUCCGCUUUGAGAAGUGAAGACUAUUUCGAUCUUGGCUUUAGCAGGCUGCAUGUCGUGAUCGCGUGGUCAAUGCUUCCAUAACUCAUGGUUUCAAAGCAGCCAUCUUAGUAGGUAUGGUAUGAUAAUUACCUCGUGGCUAGUAGUACCAUGUAUGACUUGUGAACCACACGUUGUGCGGCUCAGAGACUUAAUUUUUUUUUUUUUUGAAGGAAAAAGCACGUGUUCAUAGAUAAAAAGCAAAGUUACAGCAGCAACACACGCACUCACACUCACGAAGGCACCAGAAGGCCACCUGUCCUGGAGAAAGUGCAAAAGAACCCUGGCUAAAACAAAAAUAACAAAGAAGCCCCAGCAGGAUCCCGUGCACAACCACCAACCAACUCGUCUUCGUCGAGCUGAAGCAGCACCGGAUCGAGUCCGGCGAAGAAACCGACGAGCCCACCACACGCCUCGGACGACGCGAAGCUCGAAAGCAAACGCUGAAACACCGCAGAAAACAUCCGGCCGACGCCGGAAUCGACGACGAAGAAAGAGCAUCGGUGGGGAUGAAACCCUGAGCCACCGCCGCCUCGCCCUCGCCACAUCCGGAAGACACCAGAUCAGAAUACGAAGACGCCC